UCUGUACCAAAAGCAGUAACCCCCCCGAGCUACACUCGGGCUUACCAUGCGGCGUUGCUCAGGGAUUCCCUGCAGCACUUACCUUGUCCUUCGCUCCCGCGAUGUGUCCCCUGCAGUGUCCCCGGUCAUCUCCUCCAGCCGAUGCCGGCAUCCAGCUUCCGUGUUCCGGUCCCUGUGACGUCAGGGCGUACGGGCGCCGGAGCCGGCGGCAAAUUUGAAAUUUUUUUAAAAAUGUCAUUUUUUAAAAAAAUGAUUUUGUCCCGGGUGCUUUGUCCUGUGCCCUGUCUGCAUUUUUACUGUUCUUUC